CAUAAUUCCGGCUUUAAUCUCCAACAGUAUAAUAAAACAGACGCACAGUCGGUGUAAUUAGUGGCCCGACCGAUCGAGAUGAACCCGCCGCUCUAAAGUGUUGCAGUAAAUAUUCAACAUUCCCCCUGUACUGUAGGUGUUUCUCUGAAGGCUGACAUUGGUUCUGUCGACGCUAACAGGAAGGUGCUGCUCCGAUCUUCCUCUUCCGACUGCUGGACUCGACAGAUCCAGCUAUGUGAGCUGCUCUGAUGUGUGGACUCUUAAAUCCAUACAGUGCCUGGCUGAGUCCGCAUUCAAACCGGCGUGGGGGACUACUACCCUGUCACUGUGACGUGAACACCACACAGACCUGCAGCUGGGGUUGUAGCAUCACUCCUCCACCAUGCCCCUGGGACUGGGAAGGAGGAAGAAGGCAUCCCCUUUAGUGGAGAACGAGGAAGCGGAGCCCAUCCGCGCAGGCCUCAAUGUGGCCGGCAUGGAGGGCCUGGAUGGAGGAGUGGUUGGACUUGGGGAAGGCGCCACCUCCGAAGGUCUUCCUCCCCCACCUAACAGCAUGCGACCUCGGCUCAUCUUCCACACCCAACUUGCCCACGGCAGCCCCACGGGCCGCAUCGAGGGCUUCAGUAAUGUUAGGGAGCUUUAUGCCAAAAUUGGAGAGGCCUUUGGGAUACCUCCAUCUGAGGUUAUGUUUUGCACACUAAACACUCACAAGGUGGACAUGGACAAACUGUUGGGAGGUCAGAUUGGGCUGGAGGACUUUAUUUUUGCCCACAUUAAAGGUCAACGAAAGGAGAUUGAAGUGUACAAAGGGGAAGAUGCUCUAGGUUUGACAAUCACUGAUAAUGGAGCUGGCUAUGCUUUCAUCAAGAGGAUCCGCGAGGGGAGCGUCAUCCACCAAAUCCAGGUCAUCAAUGUGGGUGACAUGAUUGAGUCCAUCAAUGGCCAUCGCCUUAUUGGCUGUCGACACUAUGAAGUUGCCAAAAUGCUGAAGGAGCUUCCCAAAGGAAAGAUGUUCACCAUUAAGCUGGUGGAGCCUCUCAAAGCUUUUGAUAUGAUCAGCCAGAGGUCCGGAGGUUCCAGGUCAGGAUCGGGGGUUCAGCUUGGCACUGGCAGGGGAACCCUUCGCCUGCGCUCUAAGGGUCCUGCCACGGUGGAGGAACUGCCGUCUGCAUUUGAAGAAAAGGCCAUCGAGAAGGUGGACGACCUGCUGGAGAGUUACAUGGGCAUCAGAGACAGCGAGCUGGCGGCCACAAUGGUGGAGCUGGGAAAAGACAAAAAGAACCCAGACGAGUUUGCUGAAGCUUUAGAUGAAACCCUGGGAGACUUUGCCUUCCCGGACGAGUUUGUUUUCGACGUCUGGGGCGCCAUCGGAGAUGCUAAGGUUGGACGGGUGUAACCACUGAAACUAAUGGAGCAAGACGACCUGUGUGUGUGUGUGUGUGUGCGCGUGCGUGCGUGUGUGUGUGUUACACCCGCAACAUUUGGCACUCCUAGAAAACACCACCAUCAUCAUGAGUCUGUUUUUAUUCCAGUUUACACUCCUAUUUUUGCGCAUUUGUACCCUGUUGGGAGACAAAGUGGAUGGUCCAGUUCCAGGGAGAGGAAGGCAGCUGUGAUGACUUCCUAAGUGCUUAUAUUUGUCUUCCAGCUUUUUCCAGAAACUACAAGCACGCUGAUGAGCAUUUCCAUCGCUUGCAUCACGUGACCCUGCAUGUCAUUGUUGUAGUAACUGGCAGUGGAACCAGUACACCUUACGUUUCUGCAAUGGGAGAUAUGAAAGGCAAAUAGAUCUUUGCUAUUAAACGAGAAAAAAAAUGUUUUCCCUCCCCACAAUGCUCUGUGCUGCACUGUACUGUCAACCAACAAUAGAGGGGAACAUAGUUUGCUCUGUACCUCACCUGGUGGGUUUUUGCACAAUACAAGAGCUCCCUAAAUUACAGUUGAUCUUACCAUUAUGGAUCAGUUUAACAAGCAUGCGCUGUGAUAUUUUCUCUCUCCAUAGUGAAAUCUUCUGGUUUCAUGUCCUCCUUCAUUUCUUUUUUCUUUUAGGUCAAAACAAAAUUUGGUUACAGAAGAGGCAUACAAUAUUGUAGCCUGUGAGUAAAAAGAUCAGUAGUGUUUUCACAGUUGGCACAACCCAUGCUGUAAUGAAGUCAACUGUGCAGACGAUAGCACAUUCCUGUCCUUCAUAGGUUCUGCAGCAUUAAAAAUAUCAGUGUUACCUGUUAUUGGGGGAUAAAAUAUGUGAAUGAGAAGCAGAACAGUUUGUGGACUGUUGCCUUUUUUCUUUUUUUUUUUUAAAUAGUGUUUUUUUUUAUAUAUAAGGUGAUUUAUUGUCUGUUUUAAAACAAGAUUUGCAUAACAGAUGAAACAUUUCAUCUUGUGUUGCAGUUUUAUAAAGGAGCAGUAUUAGAGAAGUUAUAGGAUGGAGUUAGUGCAAAAAGUCAAGAAAAAAAAACCAUCUUAAUUUUUCUGUGUAUUUUGUUGGCAGUCUUAAGUCUGGUGUGUGAACCUUAAGCAGAAUGAGAGAAAGUGAGAAAAGCAGGCAACGUUGCACUAACUACUCAGUUUAGGUAAACACAGGUCUUAAAACAAACUUUUGGUGUUAACCUCUUCAGUAUAUUCAAAUGUAUGAAGCUAUUUUGUAGUUUUGUUUCAUUCCUCGAUCAAUAUCUUUUUGGGUGAUGUAAUUAAACUGAUGCUCGAACACUGUAACACUAAGAAGAAAACAUUAUUUUCAUGGCUUUGUAUUACACUGAUGUCAAUGUCCAAAUAUAAUGCAAUAACAGUA